UUUUUUGGUCCGUCUCUUUCUCAUCACACACUUAAAAUGAGCACGGCUCUUCAGUGUCUCCAAGUUGAAAACUUCCACAUUAGGAUUUUACUGUCAAGCAGAAGGAAAGAAAAAGUGGAACAAUCUCUCCCUUAACUGAACAGAAUGAAUACAGUUCACAUUUCUCCAAACCAUUCAAUUUCUCAACCAUGUUACAAACCCAGGCAGUUUUUCAGUUUGGCAAGAGAGAGCAUUUUGAUUGGAAGAAGUCCCGGUAUUCAGAUCAGAGGUCGGAGUGUUGUGAGUGCAUGUCUUAAUAUGGAUGUUGCUGCACCAAACACUGGGAAGGCAAAAUUGGAGAAAAUUAAGGAUGUGAUCGAGAUGGAGGGGAAGCUUUUGGUGGGGACAUAUGCAAGAACAGCAGUGGUGCUUGAGAGGGGGGAAGGUUGCAAAUUGUAUGACGUUGAAGGAAAAGAAUAUUUAGAUUUGAGUGCUGGGAUUGCUGUCAAUGCUCUGGGGCAUGGUGAUGUAGAUUGGUUAAAAGCUGUUGUUGAACAGGCUGCCACCCUUACUCAUACCAGCAAUGUAUUCUACACAAUACCUCAGGUUUGGGCAUGUUACUAUAUGUCUGAGUUAUAUCAAUUUCUUCAUAUGUAUGUGUUAGUAUACAGACUGUAGUUAACCUGCAUGGUU